AUGAUCAAGACUUCUGUGGUAGCUAUUGCCCUGCUAGGUGCAGCUGCUUUGGCCUACGAACAUCAUGGAUUUGUUAGUGAAGUGAAGCAUAUUCCAUACAAGUGGUACGGUGGUAUGCAAGGAGGAAUCGGUGGCGGCAUGGAAGGCGGCAUGGGAAUGAGCGGUGGAAUGGGAGGCUCCAUGGGUGGUGGCAUGGAAGGAAGUUGGAAGGAAGGCGGUGAAGACUACUACUCGUAUCCGAAGUACAAAUUCGAAUAUGGAGUGAAGGACAUUAAGACCGGGGAUCACAAGAGCCAAUGGGAGAUGCGUGAUGGAGAUGUUGUCAAGGGAGAGUACACCAUGGAUGAAGCGGAUGGAACCAAGCGUAUCGUGGAAUACUACGCCGAUGGUAAGAACGGUUUCGAAGCCAAGGUGAAGAAUAUUGGACAAGGCAUCCAGGAAGGAGGAAUGGGUGGACAGCAGAUGGGAGGAUUCGAAGGAGGCUACCAUGGAGUUGGAUAUAGCUACAGCAAGUUGAAGAAGUACAACUAA